AAGAUAUUACUUGUGGAAAGCAGUUAAAAAAGAUGACACCCAAAGAAUUUCAACAAAGAGAUUUUAUUUAUGGAGACUGGAUGCACAACAUGUUGAGGAAAAUGUUUGGUCAAGUGACUUCUCUUAAUUCAACCACAUCAAAAGACACUCUAAGUCCUUUCACAUCCAAGAAUGAAGACAAAUUUAAUAGCUUUUUUUCUAAUUUAUUCAAUGAAAAUUUGUGUACAAUGUCAUUGUUGCCACUGUAUGCCUUCAUUUAUGCAGCCCUAAAACAUUCAUUGUUUAAUCCCAAAAUCCUUCGCUGGGAGAAUGAAAAAUUUGGUAUAUUCCAAUUUAUUGAUCCAGAAAAGUUUGCAAAACUCUGGGGUCUCACUAAAAACAACAACAACAUGAAUUAUGAAAAACUAAGUAGAUCAUUAAG